AGAAUAUUUAAAAAUGCCUACUCAAUCCAGAGACUCGAUCAAGGUCGUAUGUAGGAUACGGCCUGAGAACAAGCUCGAACUUGACGGAGCAUACCGAAGAUGAGUGCAAUAUACAGAUAAGGAGAUCAAUGUGGAGUGCCAAGCCGAUAAGACCAGCAAUUUCCACGGAAACCAUGACUUCACAUUCGAUCGUAUUUUUGGGCCAGACUCUUUACAAAAAGAUGUUUUCAUGGAGAUUGGGUACCCUAUUGUCCAAGGUGUCCUCGGUGGAUUCAGCGGGACCAUAUUCGCUUAUGGUCAGACAGGCUCAGGUAAGACGUUCACUAUGGAAGGACCAGAUCACCAUGAUGAGGUUAUGAAAGGAAUGAUCCCCAGAAUGUUCCAGUGCCUCUUCCAGCUCAUUGAAGAAGCAGAUGAGCAAAUUGAAUUUACUGUGAAAGUUUCCUUCUUGGAAAUUUAUAUGGAGAAAAUCAUGGAUUUACUCAACCCAAAGAAAAGUAACCUCGUAGUAAGGAAAGAUAAGGUGAAUGGAGUCUUUGUUAAAGAUGCAACAGAAGUUUAUGUCAAUAAUGCAGAUGAGAUGCUUGAUGUUAUGCAAGCAGGUUCACAGAAUAGAUCUAUAGCAGCAACAAGGAUGAACGCAAGAUCCUCGAGAAGUCAUUCUUUGUUUAUGUGCACAGUGUUUCAGAAAGACACAAAGAAUGAUAGUACCAAACUUGGAAAAUUAUAUUGUAUUGAUUUAGCUGGAUCAGAGAAGACUGAAAAGACUAAUGCUACUGGUCAGACACUUGAAGAAGCAAAAAUGAUUAAUAAGUCUUUAUCUGCUUUAGGGAACGUGAUUAAUGCUUUAACUGAUACAAAGAAAAAUAAGCAUAUUCCUUAUCGUGACUCUAAGCUCACCCAAAUACUGCAAGAGUCUAUUGGUGGUAAUUCCUUAACCUGUCUUAUCAUCACUUGCUCCUUAAGCGCAUACAAUGAUAGAGAAACUCUCUCAACUCUUCGGUUCGGAAACAGAGCUAAAUCCAUUAAAAACAAGCCUAUAGCCAAUGCUCAGAGGUCUGCUAAAGAACUUCUAGGUGAACUAAAUAAAACCAACAAGAAGAUAGAGAAACUGGACGAGAUCAUAAGAUCCAUGCAGAAAGAACUGAAAUCGUACUUUGAUUCAGAUCUCAGCGAGGAAGAAAUUGAAGAAAUUAAAAAGUCUCUGCAAAGCAUAGCCUGUGCAAAAGAUAUUGACGUCAUAUAUGCUAUGCUGAAGCCAGACCUGGAUAUCGAAACUCUUGAAGAGAACAAAGAGGAUGAAGAAGAUGGCGAUACUAAUGUAGAUGAGACUAGAGAUGACACCUUAUCCACCUCUAAAGUAGUCACCAAUGAUUCUGAGGUCAAGAAGGAUCAAACUCAAGAUUUGAACCAAGAUGAAGAGAAGACUUCAGAGCAAAAUUCAAAUAUCCAUAUUCAGAAAAUAGAUCCCGAGGAUCCUACACAGAAGGCUUUAAUUCAAGAGAAUGCCAUGAAAGUGGUAAAGCAGCAUAUUGAGAUUACUAAACUAAAGGAAGAAAUUGAGCAGGUAAAGAAGGAAAAAGAGGAGCUUGAGGAAGAAAUUUCUUCCAGAAGCAUCGAAAUCUAUGAGAUGAAUGAAAAGAUCCUUCUCAUGGAGAUGAAUCAUGCUAAUGAUCGUCAAGAUGACCUCAAGACAAUACAGGAUUUGAAAUCUGCACUGGAAUAUAACCAAAAGUCCAGUAAAUUGGUCUAUGAUUUUUCAAAAUUUAAAGAUUCUCUAGAAAGACUAAAGGAUGAUUUGGAAGUUUUAAAACUGUCUGAUAAAUUCACUCAAAAUCAACAUAAAAAGCAUUUUGAAGUAACUGAGGAAUUCUUGGGCGAUAAUCUAGAUAAGUCAGGCAAGGAAGAGAACCUAGAAGACUCAAAUAACUCCAGUAAAAAUCUAAGCAGUGAUAAGCUAGUCCUAGAUAACAUUCAGAAGAUGAUCGAGCUGAUAAACCUUAUCCAGGACGAAAUUGAAGAGCAAAGUAAGAAUAAGGGAAACUACAUCCGUCAGAACUCUCAUAAGAAGAGAGGCGAAAAUGAAACAGGCAACUCCACUACUAUAAUGCAAGAUAUUGAUAUCAUCACACGUGCUGUUAGCGAAAACGUUGAGGCAAACGACCAGGAUUCUUUCCUAAAUUCUAUGUGAUCAGACCCUAAUAUAAGUAAAUUUGAAGAAAAUACAGUGAAAUAUUCUGUGUCUGCCAGCACUCUCGAAGAGAAAGAGGCUGAGAUUCGUGACCUGAAGCAAUUUAUCGAUGCUCAAAAGAAGAUGCUGAACGAAGUUAUUCAAAAUAACCAAAUUUUGACUACAAAGAAUGAGCAGCUCAAGAACGAGAUAGACUCAAAGCCCGAUCCAGAGCCCAGUCAGACCUCUGAGAGCGAGAAGGAUGAAGAACAAGACGAAAAAUACGAGACUAUUAAGAAAGAUUACUACAAACUUGAAGAGCAUUUUAAAGAGACUAAUAAAGCUAAGGAUAAACUCUACAAGGAGCUAGUGCAGACAAGAGAGAAGCUAGAUCAACAUGAGAAAUUGGUCAUUGAGAAUACAGCUAAAAUAUCAGAAUUAGAAGCUCAAAAUGCAUCCCUUGAGAAAACAGUUAGGCAAGGAAAAUUACAGAUUGACCAGAUGAUGACUGGGAUGCCUCUUCAGCCAAUGAACAAUCUGGGAGGCUAUAUAGAUUAUAGUUCAAGGACAAACUUCCAAGAAAAUUUGGAAAAAUCCAGAGGUGAAAAUACUAAAGCAGCUCCUCCUAGUUUCUUUGCUAAGAAAGUAAUCAAACCUAUUAGGGGAGGUGGUAAAAAGAGACAGAGUAAUGUGUUUGAGAUGAACCCUUAUGGAAGCAAUCAGCAACUUAAUAAAGAGUAUAAUAACUAUGCAAUGAAAUCUGUCCGUAAAGGCUCUGGCAACGAAAUGAAGUUUUAUAAACCACCUCCAUCCAUAAACCCAUUUACUCCAGUCAUAAAACCGGGAGAUAGCCCAAAUGAGUUUUCAAGAAAGAGCAUAAAGCAGCUUCAGCGUGAAAAUAAGAAGAAAAACUAUAUGGAUGACUUUUUGCAAGCACAGAGAAUGAUAGCAGAUGAAAGUAUCAAUAACCCUGAUGAAAGUAUUAAUAUCGACGACAAGGGGUCAGAAUACUCCUCCCCUGAACGCCAAGAAGAGAUGUUGUCUCAUCUUCAGUCAUAUCCGAAACAAAACCUGAGACCCAGUCACAGGCAUUCUCUGAAAUCAACUCCUUCUAUGGGAUCUAUGGGGCAGUCAGCAGCUAAGCCUGCUGAGAAAACCAAGGAUUCUGAGAAUCCUUUCCAGCCAAAGAAGAAGAAAGGACUCGGGUCCACUCUUUCAAAGGUGUGGAAGGGUAUUUUCUAAACAUUGAAAGAUCCACAUUGAAAAUUAUUACGUAAUUAAUUAGAAUAGCAUGAGAGUUC